AUGGCUUUCUUCGUUUGGGAUUCACAAACACAGCGGUAUUUUAAUUAUUUAAUUCUCUCGGCCUCGGCAUUGUAUUUGAUAUAUCGAAUCUUUAAACGAAAGCAGAGGACGUUUGAACUAGUUGGGAAUGUGGAAUCUUUGUAUUCAUUCCCAGUGAAAUCCUGUGGUGGAGUAAAAUUAGAAUUUGCUGAGUGUACAAAAUUAGGAUUGAAAUAUAAAGAUGUUACAGAUAGACAAUGGCUGAUAGUAGAUAGUAAUAAUAAAAUGAUCGAUUUAAAAUCAAAACCGAGAUUAUGGUUGGUUAAACCAAGAAUAACAGACGAACAUCUUAUACUAACAGCUCCUGAUAUGAUCCCACUCAAAUUACCUAAAAUUAUACAUUCAUCAGCUGAUAAUACAACCAAUACUUUAUUUUACAGGCUAUAUGGAGACGAUAUAGUAGAAGCAGUUGAUUGUGGUCUAGAGGCAUCACAAUGGAUUUCUGAUUAUCUCAUUCUACCCGGUACUAGAAUUGUCUUCUCAGCUCCCGAUCUUCCCAAAAGAGAUAUAACAUCCAUACCUAGACCUUGGAAAAAUAAUGCCAAGAAAGGAGAUAUGAGUGUAUUUUCUUACAUGACACCAUACAUGUUAGAAUCUGCCAGUUCAUUAGAUGAAGUUAACCAGGGAUUAGAAAACCCAGCAGAAAUGCUACGAUUUAGACCCGGAAUAGUCAUUACAGGAUCUAAACCAUUUGACGAGGAUACAUGGGAAUACAUACAGAUUGGUGAUGAUAAUUUGUUUAGAAUUGUUGAACCAUGUCGAAGAUGCAUUAUAACAACAAUAAAUCCAAAUACUGGUAUUAAAGAUAAACAAGUUCAACCACUGAAACAUUUAAGGAGUAUUCGAUGUAGAAAACCAUACGGUCAAUCCCCUUGUUUUGGUAUUUAUAUAACUCUAGACAGUACAGGUGGUGAUUGUAUGAUACGAGUUGGACAACCUAUAAGAAUAUUAAGAAGAUAA